CAUUUGUGUAGGUCGAUGGACGGAAGAGAUUUCAUGGUUCCCUCCGAUUUUCCACCUCUUCAGAUGGAUGUGGCGCCUCAAAAGGCUUGGGGCCCAGUGAAAGUCCCUGAAACCCAUGGGGUGCCAGUCACUUUACUCACUGGCUUCCUUGGAGCUGGCAAGACGGCGCGCUUGAAUGCCACUCUGAAGGAAGGCAAAAGCCGGAUUGCUGUCAUUGAGAAUGAGAUUGGUGCUCUUGGAGUGGACGGCGCAUUGGUGGCCAACGCCCAUGCUGAGGCUGACGGUGUCAUAGAAUUGUCCAAUGGUUGCCUCUGUUGCUCGGCGGAGGUGGACUUGGUCGCUGCCCUGGAGGGCUUGGUGCGGCGACACCGAAGCGGGCGGUGUUUGGAGCGGAUCAUCAUCGAGACCACCGGUUUGGCGGAUCUGGCACCAGUGAUUUCCCUUUUGGAGGACAAGACAGAUCCUUUGGCGGAGGACCUCUUCCUUGACAGCACCGUGACCGUGGUGGAUGUGAGCCACCUACUCCGUUCGUCAGGGCCUUGCGAGGGACCUCUGCACUCAUGGUCGAGUGGCUUUGGCACCUCUGCAUCACUGGACAUGGCCGCGUCCAUGCCGCGUGCCGCAGUCCCCGGCCCGGGACGCUCCGCGGCGCUGCGGACCUUUUGGCGGCAGGUGGCUUUUGCAGAUCAGCUAAUUCUCAGCAAGGCUGAGCAACUUGGAGAGGAUGAGGUGAACCACCCAAUCCAGAUAUUGCAGAAGGUCAAUCCCCUAGCAGAGAUGAUCGUCUCGAACGAUCGCAGCAUUCAGCCCCUGCCGCCGCCUCGGAGGACAUCAGCGCCUGUGAGCGCCUUUGAGCGCCUAGGUGCCUUGCCGAGCUCUUGGCAAACCAUCCAGCCAGCGCACUUGGAAGGAGUGGAGUGCAUCACUCUGCGUCUUGAGGGCAAGCUGUUUGCAGAGGAUGCCUUGCUGCGAUGGGCGCGUGGAUUGCUUCAGGCAGAUCUGGAGGUCUGGCGGAUCAAAGGUCUUCUACAGAUCCAAGGUCGAGGGCUGAUGCUUCUUCAAGGAGCUGGCGAUCAGGUGACGUUGGAGCCUUGGCCGGAGGCCGAGGUGCACUUCGUGGUGUGUAUCGGAGCCAAAGGAGCCCUUGGAGCGAAGGAGCAGUUGGAGGUUGCUUUGGCUUCGUGUGCCACCGUGAUGCCCUCGCUGCGUGGCUGAGUGGCUGAGCACCGCCCGUGUGGUGGGCCUGACCGCAG